ACAUAGGCAUGAACAAGUUCGGUGUUCUUCAGUGUACUUCAUUCUAUUUCCGUAUGCUUCGAACAGAAACGUGAUUCCUAUGUCUUAAUAUCAGUGUAUAAAAUGAGUGAUUUAGAAUUUUUAGACGAUACGGAGCAAGAUGUAUCAGAAUCUCAUUCUAAACUACUCGAUGCAGUAUCGCAGCUUGAUAAGGGCCAAAGGGUCAAGAAAGCAGAAAGAAGUGAACCUACAUUAGAGGUAUCAGAAUUUCAUCUAGUAAAGAGUGGAAUAUCUGAUGUAGAUACAGUUCAAGUACGCGAUUUAGCUAAGAUAUUAGGUAAAAAGGGUCAUCAUCUUGAUGUUACUAAAACUCUUGAAUCUGCCAAAAAGAAAGUUCGUAUUCUAAAAAAACCUUUGGAAAAGCCUGCUGCAGAAAGAAUAAAAAGGAUAGUUGGUUUUGAAAAUAUAAAAAAAGAAGUUAAAAAAUGGAAUGCUAUAAUAACAAGAAACAGAACAGCAGAAGCACUUCAAUUUCCUUUACAUCAGCCAUCAAUGAAAUUAGAACCAUCUACAGAAUUUGUUCAAAAAUUUAGACUUCGCUCAGAAUUAGAAAAAGAACUUGAAGUUUUGGAGCCACAGAAGGAAAAUAUUGAGCAGAAACCUGAUAAAUUUAAGUUGACAUUGCAAGAAAUUAUAAUGAAAAGGAAUGAAGCAGCUAGAAUUAGAGCACAGCAGUCUUACAAAGAGGCAAAGGCUCAUCGUCAAAACAAAAUUAAAAGUAAAAAAUUUCAUCGUGUUCAAAAGAAAGAGCAAAUAAAACUGCAAUUAAAAGAAUUUGAACAGUUGCAAAAAACUGAUCCAGAUGCUGCAUUAGAAAAGCUUGAGCAAUUAGAUAGAAGUAGAGCAGAAGAACGGAUGUCGUUAAGACAUAAAAAUACGGGAAAAUGGGCUAAAUCAAAGCAAAUUAUGGCGAAGUAUGACAAAGAAACUAGACAGGAACUUUCACAACAAUUGUCGAUUAGUCGAGAAUUAACUCAAAAGUUAAAAAAACCAACUAAUAGCAGUGAUGAAGAAGAAGUAGAGGAAGAGGAUAUAAAUGACAAUACAUAUGUACGAUCAUCGAAUUAUGAUAAAGAAAAUCCGUGGAUUAGUAAUGUUAAAACUGCAGAAGAGAUCGAUCAGUUUAUUAGCAGUUAUCGUAAAUAUUGGGAUGAUCAAAAUAAUCAAUUAAAAAAUAAACAAUUGGAUGCAACUAAUAUGAACAAAAUUGAAGUUGAAACUAAGCAAGAUGAAAUCUCUUCAGAAAAUUUAAAAAGUUCUAAUAUUUCUGAAGAUUACAGCGCUGUUUCGAAAGCAGAGUCUUCAAAAAUUCAAUGUAAUGGGGAAAUACAGAAAGAAAAAUCGAAUAACCAAAAAACCUCAUCAGAACAUUUAAAGUCUUUUUCUACUUUUCAAGAUUCAGAUGAGGCUAAUAAAAUAGAAUUAUCUAAAAAGCAGAAUCACGAAAAGAAUUACAUAACAGAAGGACAUAAUAAUGAAAUUACUGAACGUAAUUUAUGUAAAGAUAGUGUAAAGAGAAAAUUAUCUGGCACCAAUAAAAUAAUUGAUAAAAAAGCCAGACUGCAAAAAUCAAACUUAAAUAAUAUUAUGGCUACUUCUAGUUGGAACGUAGAAUCGUUAAAAAAUGACCACGAUGUUUCUCUAACAUCUACUAUUUCAAAUAGUGAAAAGAUAAAUGAAGUAUUCGAUUUAAUGGAGGAUAAAAUGAAUGAUCAAAUUAAAUUGAAGCUGCAGCGAGUUAAUCAGAAAAUUAAUAAGGUUAAAGGAAAGAGCAAAUCUAAAACUGCCACUAAAUAUAAAACAGACAAUUUUGAUGGACUUGAAAUUAAAGCUAAAAAUCAGAAACCUAUUAUAGAUUCAGCCUUAAUUGAAGGAACGAAUAACAAUAAUUUAGAGUUAGAUAUCGAAUUAGAGAAUGCUAAAAACAUUAAAAAUAAUAGUACAUUGUCCAUAAAGAAACCGAACGCGUCUGAAAUAGAAAUAGAUCCAAAUAAGUAUAUAAAUGUAAAACCUAAACAAUUAAUGACGGAUCUCCCAGCUGAUAUUUCAGGAGGCACUGACAUGUUGGAUGAUACUGAAGAUAACGAAGAAGGAUAUAAUGUAAUAAAUGAAGCAUUUGCUGAUGAUGAUGUUGUAGAAGAAUUUAGAAAAGAAAAGGAAGAAGAGGUAGAGAAAUCUCGACCAAAGGAUAUUGAUUUAACUCUACCAGGUUGGGGCAGUUGGGGUGGGAAAAAUAUUAAAAUAUCAAAACGUAAAAAGAAACGUUUUGUUUUAAAAAUACCUAAAGACGCACCUCGCAAAGAUGAAAAUAAAGGUGAUGUAAUAAUAUUUGAAGAAGACAAACCAAAAAUGAAAGAGCAUUUAGUUAACGAGUUACCUCAUCCGUUUACGACCGUUCAAGAUUAUGAAGCUAGUCUCAGAAUGCCAAUUGGAAGAAAUUUCGUACCGGAAAUAUCUUUCCAAAAAUUAAUUAAACCUCCUAUUAAAACCACCAUGGGGAAAGUUAUUGAACCAAUGAAUGAUGAUGUUUUGAUUAAAAAAGACGGAAACCAGAAACGGACAUUCCUUCCAAAGGAAAAGAAACAGAAAAAGAAAAAGAAAAUAAAAUAGAAGAACAUAUAUUAUAAAUUGUGUAAAAAUUUAUUUUGACUGCACCACAUUCAAAUUAUGAUAUUGAAAUGUAUUAUAUAUAAGUAAUACAUAGAGUCGAUUUUAUUAUGUAAACUAAUUACUUUCUAUUCAAUAUUUUUAUUUUGUAAAGUAUUUAUUACAGCAAGUUAGAUUCAGGAUGAUCAAAUGAAGCAUCCACUGAAGAUUUCAUAGGCAGCGGCAUGUAUUCCUAGCGUUUAGAGGUAGUAAAUCUACUCAUCUUUGUCAUUUUAA